UACGUGAAUAGAAGCACGGUGACGCAAUGGUAGACCCGUCACGUGAGCCUCCAGACUUCCGUCUCAGUGAGUACGGCACAUCCGGGGAUUGUGACUCAGUGAGUACGGCACUUCCGGUGAUUGUGACGCAUAGGGUUCGGCUGGUGCCAUGAUGGCGGACUGCCGAGCGCCGGCCUCUCGCUGGUACUUCACCCGGGAACAAUUGGAGAGCAGCCCUUCAAGAAAGUGCGGGAUGGAGGCGGAUAAGGAAUUAUCGUAUCGUCAGCAAGCCGCCAACUUGGUCCAGGACAUGGGGCAGCGGCUGAAUGUAUCUCAGCUGACAAUAAAUACCGCCAUUGUUUACAUGCACAGAUUCUAUAUGCAUCAUUCUUUUACCAAAUUCCACAGAAAUGUAAUGUCUCCUACUGCGUUGUUCCUGGCUGCCAAAGUAGAAGAACAGCCACGAAAACUUGAACAUGUUAUUAAAGUGGCCCAUGCCUGUCUUAAUCCUGUAGAGCCACAGCUGGACACAAAGAGUGAAGCUUACUUACAGCAAGCGCAAGAACUGGUAACACUUGAAACUAUAAUGUUGCAGACCUUAGGUUUUGAGAUCACUAUCGAGCAUCCACAUACAGAUGUCGUAAAAUGUACCCAAUUAGUAAGAGCAAGCAAGGAUUUGGCCCAGACAUCCUAUUUCAUGGCUACCAACAGUCUGCAUCUCACUACAUUCUGCCUUCAACACAAGCCAACAGUAAUUGCAUGUGUAUGCAUUCACCUGGCGUGCAAGUGGUCCAACUGGGAGAUCCCAGUUUCAACAGAUGGAAAACACUGGUGGGAAUAUGUGGACCAGACUGUUACAUUAGAGCUUCUGGAUGAGUUAACACAUGAAUUUUUGCAAAUAUUGGAAAAAACUCCUAGUAGAUUAAAGAGGAUUCGAAACUGGAGGGCAAACCAGGCUGCCAGGAAACCAAAAUCAGAUGGCCAGCUUGAUAAUUCUCUCCUUAGUUCAUCCCUGGAGCAGAAUUCCAUUUUAGUGGAUCCGGUAACUGCAAGCUUUCCCAAGGCAUCCACUUCAUUUCCAGCUCCAGUAGCUUUGAACUCAGGGAACCAGCCUCUCCAGACAAGUCACAAUCCCGAGGAAAUGGCACUACUGACUUCUACAAUGCCAAGUACAUCUUAUAAUAUGGGGUCUCACCAUGAAUGGCCUCAACAUCAAGAACAACAUAGGACUGACCAAAUUUAUAGCCAGAAACCAGAAGGUGUCCUUCAAGUUCCACAGUACUUUCAGCAAGGGGCUGCUGUACAGCUUCACUCUGGGCUACAUCAUAGGUCUGACAAAGGCUCUGAACAUUCUACUGUUAAAUCAGAACAUGCUCAUAAAUCCAGCAGUGGCAAGCACCACGGACAGGUCUAUGCUCCGUCACUGGCUAUAUCACACAAAAUGUCAUUGGACAAGUAUAGGGAGAAACGGAAGCUUGAAACUGUUGAACUUGAUUCAAGGGACCAAUAUCCUCCAGGCCACGAGCAGUACAAAAAGCACAGCCAAACAGUUGCAAGUGGUUCUGUUACAUCUCCUAUUAAAAUGAAAAUUCCUCUUGCAAAUGAAAAGACUGAAAAACACUCCUCUGAUAAAAAGGAUAAAACUGGUUCUCUGAAAUUGCGGAUACCUAUUCCUCCAACAGAAAGAGGUGCAAGCAAAGAGGAGUUGAAAAUGAAAAUAAAAGUAUCUUCAGCAGACAGACACAGCUCGUCCGAUGAGGGCAGCGGGAAGAGCAAACACUCAAGUCCGCACUUGAGCAAGGAACACAAAGAGAGGCACAAAGAGCAUUCUUCCAACAGACACCACAGUAGCGGCCACAAGCAUUCCCAUUUACAUAACUUUGGCAGUGGGAGUAACAAUAGUAGCAAUAAGCUUAGCAUGGAUGGAUUGCAACCAACCGUUUUGAGGAGUCCUGUUGCCCUGCCUAGUGAUGGCGGCAGCUCCAGCUCUUCAAGAAAGAGGCCGCAUUCCAAUGAUGCCUCAUACAACCACCACUCCAAAAUGAGCAAAAGUUCCAAAACUUCAGGUAGUUCUACUAGUUCUUCCUCUGUUAAGCAGUAUAUAUCCUCUCACAACUCUAUUCUUAACCAUCCCUUACCCCCUCCUCCCCCUGUCACAUACCAGGUGGGCUACGGGCAUCUCAGCACCCUCGUGAAACUGGACAAGAAGCCAGUGGAGAGCAACGGCCCUGAUGCCAGUCACGAGUACGGUGCAAACAGCCAGCAUAUGGACUACAAAGAUACAUUCGACAUGCUGGAUUCCCUGUUAAGUGCUCAAGGAAUGAACAUGUGAUUUAGCUAUUUAGAUUUAUGAUAGAGGAGCCCCCUCCUUUUUUUUUCAUAAAUUUUUUUUUUUUUAAUUUAAUAAAUGUUAGUACAGGAACUUCCUGAUUUAACAUUGGUAACGUCUGUUGCCGCAGAUUUAAUACAGUUAAUUUAAGUGCUGCUUUGACCCUUCGAUCUGAAAAGAAGUGGUUCUAGUAAAAAUGUCUUUAUCUCCACAUAUGAUAGUAUUAUAAAUACUGUAAUCGCAUGAACGGUGCAAAAAACAAAAACAAAAAAAAACUCAGUAUUUCAAAGAUUAUAUGAACAUUGGAAUGGGUGGCUGCAUCCAGGCCUAUAGAAUACUUCGAACAUAACUUAUUUAUGAUUUUCAUUAGUGUGGCCAACAUUUCUUUGUUGCUUAGAUUUUUGAGCGAGUGCACAUUUUUUUUCCUUUUUGUAUAUUUAAAGUGUAUGUAUGAUAUGCAUGUCAGAGAUAAAGGGAUGGAAACAGACUACACAGGCAACUGUUUACAAGGGAGUGGAGAAUAAAUGUACAUACAUUCUUGUAUGUUUAGUUAUAACCUUACAAUACUCAGGUUUGGAGCUGCUCGAAGAAAAAAACAAAUAGAUAAACUUUUAUUUUGUCAAGUUAAUCUGUUCUAAGCAUUUAUGGCUUUGUCGUAUUUCAUAAUGUCCUUGCAAUGCAAAAACUGGCCUGCCAACUGUUCUUACUGGCCUUUGUGGCAUUGGAAUAGUAAAAUCAGUAUGGGCAAGCACAGGCCCUACAGACUGAGACUAAAACUACCAGCCUUUGACUGUCGGGGUGCUGUGAGUUGCAGGUCAACAUCACCCAACGGGCCUGCAUUUACCCAUAUCUAGGCUUAUUGAACAGGAAACCACUACAGAGGGCAGUUAACCCCUUGGGCACACUAACAUCCCAACUGGUUAAUACCACAAAGCCAGCUUUUUCCACCCAUUACUGAGAAAGGCAAUUGACGGUUGCCUCCAUUUAACCUAAUGACUGCAUCUGGCAUGUGGUUAAGCCUUGGGAUUGUGAAGGAUAAGCAGAACUAAAAUAAAAAGACAAAUAAAAAAAAAAAUAAAGUUUACAUAAUCUUUUGCUGUGAAGUGCAUUUAAGUGUUUAUUGGCUUGAUGCAGUAAUAUAGACACAGAGUUGCUACUUAAUAAUGGUAAUGUAGAUUAAUGUAAUUAAAGCAUUUAAAUUUAUAGAAAAAAGUGAAAAAAUGUUAGUGAGCUAUUAAGUUCUCUUCUUGUGUUUCUUUUGUUUUAAUAUAAAUCUAUAUAUAAAUAUAUAAAUACAUAUAUACACACCAGAAAUUAUUUUUAAUAGCUUACAGGGAUCAUUGUUUUCUUAUUAGAUCUUCAAACUACAUGUUGCUCUGAAUUUGGAGAAUGGAUGUGGUUCAUUUCUUUCCAAAUCAAUGCAGUCUUCAGUGAUAGUUUAUUGAAACCCCCAGUGCUCCUGCUAUUCCAACAAUAAACGAGUUAUCACGGACAUGCAUUGUACUUAUGAUUUUAGGAUUUUUUUAAUGUCACCAGUGAAACCACUUCAUUUUAACUGUUCUGCUAGUGUCAUUUUGCUUGUAUAUAGUAUGUGCAGUCCUUUGUUUAACAUGACUAGCAUUUUAUAUUAAAGGCUUUUACUGUAUUUGAACUUCGCAUUCGUAUUUACCAUAAGUCUAAUCAUACUUAUUGUAAAUGUAAUCAAUGCCGAGAUUAGAUUGUUUAAAAUAAAAAAAGUUUUAUUUUUUUAUGGAAUAAUUUGUAUAUGAAACGUGUGCCCUCCACAAGUCUUAAGGUGCUUUUGGAAAACUGGAACUGUAGAUAUAAUAUAAAUAUUGUGUUGUGCACGAUUGAAUAGGUGCAGAGACUGCCGAAAUUUGGGUACAGUGUAAGUUGACACUCUGUUGUAGUACAUACAGAGGAACCAAGCUUUGGGGCAGUUAUCUCUAUAGACAUUCUAAUGUGAUUGAUCAUUGUUUUCAUUGCAAAUCCUGCACACGUGACUAGUAACUUGUGUAUGUAUAUGAGUAGUGAAAAGGUUAGGUGCUACCCAUUGGUUUCGUUCAAGGUGUUUGCUCUAAACUAGAUAUGUCCAAUCAGACCUUUCAGAUGAAUGCAGACUUUCAAGUGAGCAGGAGGGCAUCAGGUUCAGUCCUAAACUUUUCAUUGUCCUUCAUUUUUCUUGUAGUUUUUGUUUAUUUGCUGUCCUUUUCUACCUUUCCAGCUUUCUCGUGAGGGUGUCUGUCCCCGGCAGCCAAAAAGCUGUUAUUCUCUGAGGCUUCAGGCCAACUUCUGUUCAUCUUCCAGUCUCCUGUUAUAACCCUUGCCUGGUUUGCUAGAGUAAAUUGGAUGCUAGCAACCACAUUACUGCUGAACUUCCAAACAGAAUCACUGUCUUCAUCAAGUUAAUUUGAAGGUUCAGUGCCUCUUUAACUAGGUUUAUUUAAAUUUUUUCAACUAUAGCGUGCAUAUAGCAUUCAUCUCCCAGUUGUAGUUUGUAGGUACUGCAGAUCUACACUUCCUUCUGCGUCCCAAAGCCACAGAUUGUUGAUAGUGGUGUUGUAGUUGAAUAGAAGAAAUUUGUUGCUGUGGAAUGUGCUAGUGUGAUGUACAGGAACCAAGCAUUUUAGCUUAAUUUCCCAAAGAUUGUAUUUAUUUAUAAUGUGGCUUAUACAGACCACUGGCAGCAUUCUUCUGUAUGUGGAGCUGCAACCCUUAAGCAUCUGACUUAGAGGCACUUUUUAUUUCAAAUUAAUUUGAGUGUUUUUACAAACUCCCAUAAAUUCGAAAUUCGACCAAUCGAAAUUUAAUAAAAUUAUUUCUUUUUCAAACUCUGAUCGAUUAAAUCAUCUCAAAAACUCGAAUCGAAUUCGAUUUGAUUUUUAAAAACUCGAUUCGAGUUUUUCUUAAAAAAAAACAAAAACUUGAAUGUCAGGAAGGCAAACAACUCAAAAUUGAUCCCUGGACUUCUCCCAUUGACUUAAACAGCAAUUUGGCAGAUUUUAGGUGGUGAAUAGUUGAAAUCAAGUUCGUAAGGGCCAGAGUAUGAUAAAUCUUGAAAAUCUAAUUCAAAUUUGUUUAAAAAACGAAUCGAAUUUGAGUAGCUAUUCUAAUUUUACAGUUUGGACCAUAAAAAAUUUCGACCCUUGAUAAAUUUGCCUCUUAGUGUGUGUGCAUGGAACAUCCAAGUAGCAUUUCUACUUGUUAAAAGAAGUUUUGUAGAAAAGCAUAAAUGAUGAUCAGUGAUGUACAGACCAGAAAUGAACGGUGUGAGCUGUUGGUGUUACUAGUCCUACAAACACUUGGGGUUGUAGUAUUCCUGCUUUAGGGAGCAGCAAAUAAACGAGGGUGCUCCAUUCUAGGCAUAUAGGUAUGGAUAUAUAUAUAUUGCUUCAGCUAAAUGGGGCAAUAUUGUAGAUUAGUGUAGUAGAAUAAUGUCUAGAAUGAACUAUGCACCAUUUUUACUAUCAUAAUGUUUGGCCUGUAUGUGUAGUGUCAGGAUGGGGGGGCCCAAGUCUGCUGCUUCAGGGCCCCCACACAGCACUGGCACAAAGCCCCUACGACCCCACAUAACUUUUUCUGCUUGUGGUCCUAGCCAGUUAGGGAGGCCAGCCUUUGUGCAGGGAUGGGGCCAGGGCCCACUGAGUUUUUUUUUUCCCUGAUGUCCUGUUGACCAAGUCCGACCCUCUAUAUGACAAUAAAUGAGCAGAAGCCCUUAUUGUAUAUUUUCCCUUAAGGAAAUAACACCUGUGAUGCUAUAAGUAACCUGCUACCCGUCAUUAACGUAUAUGCUGCUCACUCCUGCAAGUGCUUGUCAGUAAUAGCAGCAACUAUCAGGCAAUAUAGAGAAGCACAUUCGGUCUGAAAUAACCCUUAGGGUAAUGACAUUUUGCUGCCGUGAUAAUUCAAGACAUCUUUUGUUUCCUUUCCACUAGCUAAUAUUUAAAUAACUGAUGGUGAAACAUACUCGGCAUGAAGUUGUCCGAAGUUUACUUGCGAGGAAACUUUGGGCGGCUUUGAAAAGCAAACACAUGUUGAAUGUUAGCCGUAGGAAAGAGACCAGAUACAUCUUAUCACCAAUGGUAGCGAAGAUUUAUUGCCUACGACAAAAUUUGCCAUGUGACUAUACAACGCUAGCACAACAAUAGAAUUAGUUCAUGCCAAAAAGGACUUUCAGUAAGGCUGAAGGUGCUGCUGUUUGUCUAUGCGCAAUCAUCUGAAAGGGGAACGCCAACCAAAAACACCUUUGCCUAAUUAAAUUAUAAUUCUAAGCAGCUUUCCCUGUAAAACUGACUUCUGAAUAAUUCUCGUGUUGGGGAUCCGUUUUGCCUGUUUUACUGACAAAAUUGCUAAGAAAUGGAGCAUUGGUAAAAUCCUCAGCCCCACUGGGUGUCUGUAUUAGUUUAGGUUGUUAUAUAUCAACAAAUCCACCACCACCGCCAAUAACAUGGAUACACACACAAAUGCGUGUGUUUAUAGUUUGGGAUCUUGCUGUUGUCUAAAGCCCUGCUUUCUGGAAGCUUGAUGUCAUUGCAAUUUUAAAUUGUAUUCAUUUUUUUUUCUCUUUAAUAAAUAUUUUUCAUAAA